AACUAGCCUCACGGACGGCGUAGACGAGCCGAGCCGGGGGCGCUGCUGGCGAGUGGGUCGGGGAAACUCCCUCAGCGGUCCGGCGGGGGCUGCUUGGGAACCGAGUUGCGGCGCGUGGGGCCGGCAGUUCCCGCGGGUCAGUGAAGGAAGUCGGUGGCGGCCCCGGGAGGGGGGCGGGCGUCAGUCAGGGCUAGCCUUGAUCUGUGAUCACUUCCUGAGAAGCUGAGAUUAAGGGGCUGCAAGCUAUCUUACUUCACCCAUAAGCUGUAAGGAAUUAUAGAAAUCACCUCUUCCUGUUCUGCAUAGCAGGUGACUCAUACACAGCAAAUCAUGGCACUCCCAUUUCGGAAGGACUUAGAAAAGUACAAGGACCUGGAUGAAGAUGAGAUUCUUGGGAACCUGUCAGAAAUGGAACUGAAACAACUGGAAACUGUUCUGGAUGAUCUUGACCCUGAUAAUGCCCUCCUGCCUGCGGGUUUCCGCCAGAAGAACCAGACAUCAAAAUCAGCCACAGGGCCAUUUGAUCGAGAACACCUGCUUUCAUAUCUGGAGAAGGAAGCCCUGGAGCAGAAGGACCGGGAAGACUAUGUGCCCUACACAGGAGAAAAGAAAGGGAAAAUAUUUAUCCCCAAACAGAAGCCUGUACAGACUUUGACAGAAGAAAAUGUAUCUCUCGAUCCAGAAUUAGAAGAAGCUUUGACAAGUGCUACUGAUACAGAAUUAUCUGACCUCGCAGCUAUUCUUGGGAUGCACAACCUGAUAACAAACGCGCAGUUCUGUAACGUAGUGGGCAGUAGUAAUGGAGUCGACCAACAUUUUUCAAAUGUAGUAAAAGGGGAAACAAUUGUUCCAGUGUUUGAUGAGCCACCAAAUCCAACCAAUGUUGAAGAGAGCUUAAAGAGAAUUAAAGAAAAUGAUGCUCGUCUUGUUGAAGUUAAUUUGAAUAAUAUAAAGAACAUUCCAAUUCCUACCCUGAAAGAUUUUGCAAAGUCUUUGGAAAAUAACACACAUGUGAAGCAAUUCAGUCUCGCAGCCACCCGGAGCAAUGACCCCAUUGCUGUGGCUUUUGCAGAUAUGUUGAAAGUGAACAAAACUUUGAAGAGCUUAAAUAUGGAGUCCAACUUCAUUACUGCAGCUGGAGUUCUAGCACUGAUUGAUGCUUUAAAGGAAAAUGAGACCCUGGCAGAGCUUAAGAUCGACAAUCAGAGGCAGCAGUUGGGAACAGCUGUAGAGUUAGAGAUGGCCAAGAUGCUGGAGGAAAAUACAAAUAUCCUUAAGUUUGGGUAUCAGUUUACACAGCAGGGACCUCGAACCAGGGCCGCUAACGCUAUAACAAAAAACAAUGACUUAGUACGUAAGAGGAGAGUUGAAGGAGACCCACAGUGAGUCCAGCAACAUCUAACGUUGGGAAGCCUCCAGAAGAUCACCAAGUGUUGGUGACAUCUGAUACGAAAGUGUCCUGGGUAUAAGGGAAAAAGACUGGAAACACUUUGUUUAGCUAUAUUCAUUAUUUUCCUUGUGUAAGUUGUUAUCAAUUUCCAAUUGUAAAAUUGGUAGUAGGUGAUAUUAUAUUUUAUAUUUGAAGCAUUUCCACUUUCUACUAAUACCAGUUUUUAAUGUAGUCCUGUUGAAUGGUUUAUUAUGAGUCUUGGGGGGGGAAAGGUAAUUGUAAAAAAAUUUUCAGGACCAUUUAUGUAAGCCUAAUUUGACCUUUUUGAGGACCAAAUCUUUCUCUAAUCAAAAAUGGACAUUUCUGAUUCAAAAUCACUAUUGUUCUUUAUAGGUAUAAGGCACUGAGGCUUUCAUCAUUCCAUAGCUUGUAGUCUUUUCUAUUUUUUUUUUUUUUAAGAAUACAUGAACUUGAGAAAGGUGGGUGGUUUUUUUUUCCCUAAUCAAGGGAACAAAAUGCCAGGAUUUAAAAACAUGGUUUAAAACCUGCUGGUGUGAUCAGGAGCCAAAGUGGAUGUCCAAGUAGAGAUAGCUUUCAGUGCAUCACAGGAGAUGGCCUAGCAUCUGUGCAGCACAGAGCUCUAGGCUUUUAUAGUCAUCCACUCUGACAGUUAAAUGUCUUAAGUUUAUCAGUUUCUGAUGUGGGUAUUAAUGAAUUUUGUAAAAGCUAAUGGUAAAAGGUAGAAAAACUGUUUUCUCCCUUAAAAGAAGUCAUUCUGAGCCAGGCGCCGGUAGCUCAUGCCUGUAAUUCUAGCUCCUCAGGAGGCUGAGAUCUGAGGAUCACGAUUUGAA